AAAUCCUUCAGAAGACUGGCAACCGACCUCUUAUACGAAAACCUUAUAACAUUUUAUCGACAUAUAUGAAUGUAAUGUAAAAAUCUUUAUUGGUUUUCACACAUUUGUACAAGCGCGCACCACUACAUUUAGACACGCUGGGUCGUUAAGCUAGGUUCCCCCUCCCAAGACAUAUGUUCAGUACUAUUAUAAUAUAAUUCAUUGAAACUGUUUUAAUUCUAAACAUUUGUUGGAGACACUUGUUUUUAGUUGGUCGCACAUCUCCCGUUCGUUUACUGUGUAUAUUUUGAAGCUGAUCAUUUAUUUUUAAACUUUUCUUAUUCGUAAAACCGAAUUUCAGCCAGUGUUUCGUAAAAUACAUAUAAUCCAUUGAAACUGGAGACCCCCAUAUGUAGUCCUGUCUCAUUAUCGUAAUUAGCAUUAAUAUCGACAGAAUGACUCCACUAGUCUGAGUCUGUGCAUCAAUCAAACAGCCAUUUCAACUGGUAUUUCAACAUCCUAUGUAAUUGUUGCUAAAAUUGAACGCGUUGUUAAAAUUUCGAGGCACGGAGCUUUGGAAACCAACUGUAAUGUCUUUAGAGCAGACGUCAGAGACCUUCAGAAAUGCCGGCUACUACCCGUGUGAGAUCGGGGGUUUACCUUGUGAAAAGGAGGAAACGACCAAGAGACACAGUUCCACGUGGUCACACCUGUGGGGGGAUUUUGUGUCCUCCACCACCCUCCAUGGGAUCAGAUUUAUCUUCUACCAGGAUACGUACAUCAUAAGGAGGUUGUUUUGGACACUGCUGAUGUUGUUUUGUUCCACAGUGAUGUCCUAUCAGAUUAUCGACAGGAUCAUUUACUUCCAGAGCAACCCUGUCAACGUCAAUGUCAAAAUCAACUACAACCAAUCACUGGAAUUUCCUGCCGUCACAAUCUGUAACCAGAACGCUUUUAAAGCUACAGCUUCGUCCACCAGAAACUGGUACCGUAUGAUAGAGACAAUGUACAAUGGGAGUUCUAAAUCCCUGUCGCUGGCUGAUCUUGAAAAGUUUCAGGCAUCUGGCCUGUCAUUUAACCAGAUUUUCCAACAGGCCUCGCACAGAAAAGAGGAUCUUAUUGUAAGCUGUCAUUGGUCAGGACUACCCUGUGGUCCAGGGAACUUCACAGAACAUCUAACGGAUUAUGGUUAUUGCUACAGAUUCGCGGCCCCUGAAAACGCUAGAUCAACAGGUUCAGACAAUGGUUUAAACCUUCUGCUGAAUGUAGAACAGUACGAAUAUAUGCCGGGACCUAAUGAUGCGGCGGGGGUUAAAGUCCUGACCCAUGUCAAGGACGACCACCCACGUGUCCGGGAACUUGGGAUCGCCGUACCUACGGGGACCCAGGCCUUCAUAGGGCUCCAAGUCGUCAUGAUUCAUAAUCUGAAGAAGCCACACGGACAAUGCCAGUAUAAAUCCCUGAAAUAUUUUCCUCGCUACUCGUACGACUCCUGUCUUGCGGAAUGCUACACUAACAUGGCCGCCAGGAGAUGUGGUUGCCGGGACUUCUACAUGCCAAGUUUCAACGGCUAUCCACCCCCAUGUAACUUUAUGCAGUACUUCGGAUGUUUGAAACCUUUUUACGAUGAUCUCUCGUCUUGGACGGAGACUUGUGACUGUCCAACUGCAUGUGAAUACACCGUGUACGAUCCAGUGUUGUCCUACGCAACCACGUCAGAUUAUGCGGGACAGCGGCUCAUGGACAAUACAAAUAUAACAGCUCUCAACGCAAAGCUCAAACAAGCUCGGGAAACUACGCACCGCAUGGAAGAACGAAAACUGAAGUCAUUUGAAGAAAAGGUUCAAAAGAUGGAACAAGCAUUGAGAGAUGUUAAGCAGUUGAUGGACGAGACUAUAAAGGAGGGUAUCACAAAUCAAAUUGAGAAUGUAACAUUCCAUUACAAAAAUAUCAUGAGGGUUACUCAAAAGAGAAUCUUGCUUCUUAAAUAUCAGAUUUACAACGUGCAGAAGAACUUCAUGAGGGGUCGUGAUGCCAUGGAGGAAAGAACACUAUCACACUUGUGUAACAGCUUCCACGAGUUUGUUUUCGCCUUCGAAACAAAUCUUCGGAACAUUGUUGGCGAGAACGAGACAGACAUUAAAAGAGUGUUUUAUAUCAAUACGCUGAAUAUGAUAGACGUUAGAACAGAGAACGCCAAACGGUCCCUGGCUAACUUCACCGUCCUUUACAAUGCUUACGUCACAGGGACGCCAAUAUUUAAAUAUAAAUUUCUGAAUUUUGCUCGGAAACAUAAUACCUUCAUAGUACCAAGACCAUUAAUGAAUGAUUCAACGUAUCACAACUCAUAUGCAAGAAGAUACAGUGGAAAAUUAGGCCAAGACAUUGUGGAUAUAAUGUAUUCUUUAUCACAAUACAGGGAACUAGCCAAUGAAGUAUUCACCAAUGGAACAUUGUACAUCACAAAAAUGAACCAAUAUAGUGAGGGUUUUAUUGACAAUUGUGAAAAGUUUUACCACACAAAAAGCACCCUGUACUACGAAACAAUAAACAGACCAGAACGGAUUCUCCAAAAAAGACUCGAGGAUAUCCAGAAGCGGAAAGCAGAUCUAAUAAGGAUAAAAUCUAGUAUGUUGAAUACUUUGGAGAGCCUUGAGAACACGUCCACAGCUGUGUUAAAUGGUUCCAUUGUAAGAAUUGAAACCAUUACAAGAAAGACGUACGAGUAUUUUAGGUUAGGGAAUCGUACAAAACUUUCAGUUAGUUACCUAUUUCACUCCGAAAACUUCAUCACAGACCUUAGUCAAAUCCGUCAAUUUCUACAGGAGAUUGCAACACGUGGUGCCUUUUUGUUUGAUACUUGGAUGACAAUGGCUGUCACGGCCAAACAUAUUUGGGGAGACGUUAUAAACGAUCGGGAUUUACUGGAGUAUUACGUCUACAAAAACUACACGGACUUUCUCAGGAAUGCUACACAGGUGAAAGAUGAAAUUGACAUUGAUUUCCGGCAGGUGCGCUCCGAAAAUGACAUGCGGUUUGUUGUCGGAAAUACGGAUGCUUUAUUUCUAGAUGCUGUGAGCGAGGUGCAAAUAGAAUUGAUGGAAUUCAAUAAAAGUACAACAUUUGAUGAGAAAGUAUUAAAAAACAACUUUCUUGAGGUAAAUAUAUUUUACCGACAGCUUAGCUAUGAAGAAAUUACUCAACACGAGGCCUACGAUAUAUUUGCUCUUCUUUGCGAUAUUGGUGGAUCUUUGGGACUUUUUAUUGGAGCAAGCGUAAUGACUUUAUUUGAGAUCUUUGAUCUGCUAGGGACAUAUGUGGCAGACAGAAAAUUUAAAAGAAAAAGCUAAUGCAUGCUCUCAGUCUCUCUCUCUCUCUCUCUCUCUCUCUCUCUCUCUCUCUCUCUUUCCGUUUUGGUUUGAGGAAAUAUGACGUAAGUGGUCAAACUAAAACAUGAUAUUGUGCGACUACGUUUAGUUAUAUUCUCCUCACGCAAAAUAUUCAAACUGUGACUGAAUUGAGAUGAUCAUAAGAUCUCAAAGCCUUGUUAAAGACUUCCUACUUAGGGUAUCCAUUAUUGAGAUUACUACGAAAGCUCGGGAGGCUCAUUUGAAAUUCGAAAUAAAAAAAAUGAAAUUCAAAAUAUGAGGUUUAUUAUUUAAUAUUAUAUCAUGCCAUUGACCUCUUUCUACACAAUCGGUUCAAAUACAUUCUUGUUUAAUACGUUUCAGGAAGAGAAUAUAUACAGUGCGAGUAAAAUCACUUUUUCGUGGAACAUGCAAUUUACACACCAAUUAAAUUAUUCAUUUUGUGUGAAAACUUUCAUCAAACUAAUUUAAUAAUUUAUUUAGAAAAAUAUAAAAUUGUUUUCUCACAUUUUAGAACAGUUUGGUGUCAUUAAGAUACAGGUCAUCAUAUCCAUGAUUUGAUUUAUUAAUCUGGAAAUCGAAUUCCGUAUGAGCCCUCCGGGGUGUUGUAGAUUAAGGAGUGUCCAUCUAAGACCCAACAUGAAUAUGAGGUAUGAAAUCCACUGUGUUUCAAUUUUUUGUAAUUGCAUUUCUUUAAACCUGACAUUAGCUGAAUUGCUGGAAAAAUAAAAUACAAAUUUACCAACAUUCAUUGAAUUUCAUGGAGAAAUGGCUGGAAAAAUAAUGGUAAUGUGUUUGAAAUAGAGGAUAAGGAAAGGGAAAUGACAAAGAAAUCGUUUAGAAACUGGCGCCUUUUAGUCAAGAAGGCAAUUGUUCAUAGCCAUCGCAAG